UAGUGAUCUGUGUUAUAUUAUUCUGCGACAGUUUCAAUCAGAUCCGUCAAUCAAAUCUAUGGUAAUUUUGAGUAAUUAUUGUCAAAAGAUACUUUAAUUUAUUUCUAAUCCUGACCCGUUAAUUUAGAAUAACCCUAGAAAGUUAGUAAUAAACGUGCAAUUUAGCGAGUUAUUUAGAGUAAUAUCUCAUGUAUCUGGAUGAAUUUUAGACGUAUUUUGUCUAAGGGCUCUCUAAAAUCUUCAUCUUCCUCAGGCAAAAGUAAAAUAGAUGAAUUGAAAAAGCUGCAAGACGAAAUUGAAUCACUCAAACUUAAUAUAUCUUCAUUGAAAGUGUUAUUAGAUAAUAGGGACGCCGCAUUAGGGAAAAUUGCGUGUGAAAAAGAAAAACUGUAUGUUAGACACAAAACUUUGUUAAGAGAAAAUAAAUAUUUACACCAAGAACUAGUCGAUGAGAGAACAACACAUUCAAAAGAAAAAGAUUUUCUGUUGAAAAACAUGAAAAAGCUUUCGUUGAAGUUAGCAAACAGUGGAAAAGAUUACGUAUCAGAAGAAGAAGAAGUUAUUUCAACGUUACAAAAUGAAAUGAAAUCUAAAGAUGAAGUUAUACAUAACGUGUGUACUAAAUAUAUGAAGCUGAGGAAAAGUAAAAAAGAGCUUCAACAAAAAUUUGAAGCUCUACAAGUUCAAACGCAUGAAAUAUUUAAAUCCAUAAUAACAACCUUAGAGGAUAACAAAAAUGCAUUGGAUUCAGUCUUCGAAGAGCUAAGAAACAAAAUUAAUCCAAGUCAUAAAAAAUAUAUUAAGUUGUUGAAAGUUAACGCCGAUCUCAAUUUUGAAAAUACACAGUUGAAGCUGUUUCUCAUUGCUAAGAAUGAAUUACGCAGUGGCGAUAAGGAAGCUGGAUUAUCGGGGAUAAAAGGCCCUCAGUGUUCCCAUACACAUGAUCAGUUGAAAACUCAUAAAAACUGUCAUCAAGAAAGGUCGACAAGCCCUACAGAAAAGCUUUAUAAACCUAGUAAAACAAAUGAAUCUAAAUGAGUUGAAGUCUUUAGUAAGCUUAAGAAUAAUAAUGCUUUUAUCAGUAGAUAUAGAAGAAAAAAUCUUUAUAGAUCGAUGUCAGACAGUUUACUACCUAAAAAUUUUUAUAAGUGACAUGUAGUUAUAAUACGUUGUUGAUUAAAAUUGUAUUUUAUUAUAAUACUUCAUUAUUUUAUUUGUAAUAUCCUGUUAUUUCUUAGUUAUAAUUUUAAUUUAAUUAUUAUUAUAUUAUGUAUUACACCCAAUCAUAAGUCCAAUAAAUUCUUAAGUCUUCAUUUGUAUAAGUAAUUCAACCUUUGUUUGCUGUGACU